AAAAUCAACCAAUUUCAAUUUAAAACAAAAUUACUUCCCAUUGACCUGUCUAGUUUUGUUUACAAAGAAAGUUUUGUUAGUAAAACCAACAGUUGAAAUAUAGCUAAAAUCAAUUUUCCAUUACAAAUGGAAACAUCAACUUCAUCUUUCAACUAAUCUACUGUUUUUAACUUUUGUUUUUUAUAAUCAUUCAAAAUUUAAGUCUCCGACCAGUGAUCAUUUCAUUAAUUCACAUCACUUUCAUUAAGUUCAAAUAUGGUCAAAUUAACUGCCAAGGAAUUGCUGGAGUUGGUUAAACUCUUGAGAAUUGAUGUGUUCUUCAUGUUGACUAUUUUCGCCCUUUACAUACCAUCAGUGACCGUUACUCAACUUUCCCAGGAUAAGUAUUGUAUGAAUACCUAUUCAGUUAAUGAAUCAAUUUGCUUGGAGCUGGAGACACAUACCAAUGACUCCUACACUCCAAUCCGUAACAUGGUCUUGGAAGAUGCAACAACCCUUAAAAUGUACUCAACAAUUAUAGUCACAGUACCUGGUAUUGUUUUUUCACUUUUCCUGGGCUAUUGGGUUGAUACUUAUCCAGGUCACAUUCGGUAUAUGCUCACACUUGGUCCAAUCUGUGGAAUCCUGCAAAAUUUGAUUACAAUUUAUCAGUGUUUUGCUUUUGACAUAAAGCCAGUUGCAUUAUUGUACACAAAUAUACCAGCCGCAUUGAGUGGUUCCAUGGUUUGCAUCCUUACUGGAACUUAUACGUAUAUAACCAGGAAAACACCGCCAAAAUAUCGAGCAAUUAGAUUUGCAAUUUUAGAGCUUUUCAUGUUGCUGGCAAUGCCUACAUCAACAACUGUUGGUGGAUAUGUGCUUGCAUUGAAACCUUGGUUUUCUGGUCAACAUCGUAAUUACAUUGGAGUUUUGGUCAUUUCCAUAAUAAGUUCAGCUGUUUCAGCACUUUGGGUGGCAAUUUUACUCAAUGAUGCUGGCACUUCUGAAGAAGAAAUGAAUAACAACAAUGGCCCUAGUUCGGGUGAUUCACCUAGAAACAAUCGUGAUGAAUUAGGCAAACCUGCUCACUCUAAAGAUGGACCAAAGAGUAUAAAUCAAUCAUUUUGGAGAUCAUCAACAUUCGUAAUGUUAGCAAUACAAUGAAUACGGCUUUCAAAAAGCGUGACCACAAUGGAUGUUAAACAUGACAAUGGUUCAACAAUGUGUUGUACAAUUUACGAUUACCUUCAUUGUUGCUCUGG